AUGCCUAAACUGAAAAAGCAAACUGCUGCUCAAAGACGUGAUAAAAAAACCCAGUUAUCGCGUAUACAAAGAGCUAAUGUAGAAUAUGCUGAGGCGGAAAAAAUCAAAAGCAACGCGGCAAAAAAAUUACGGCGGGAAGACGAAGAGUAUAAGCGGGUUGAACAAGCGGAAAAUUCAUUAGCGCAUAAACUCAAGCGGGAGGAUAAAAUUUAUAAACGGACUGAACAGGCGGAAAAUUCAUUAGCGCAUAAACUCAGGCGGGAGGAUGAAAUUUAUAAACGGGCUGAACAGGCGGAAAAUUCAUUAGCGCAUAAACUUAGGCGGGAGGAUGAAAUUUAUAAACGGGCUGAACAGGCGGAAAAUUCAUUAGCGCAUAAACUCAGGCGGGAGGAUGAAAUUUAUAAACGGGCUGAACAGGCGGAAAAUUCAUUAGCGCAUAAACUUAGGCGGGAGGAUGAAAUUUAUAAACGGGCUGAACAGGCGGAAAAUUCAUUAGCGCACAAACUCAGGCGGGAGGAUGAAAUUUAUAAACGGGCUGAACAGGCGGAAAAUUCAUUAGCGCAUAAACUCAGGCGGGAGGAUGAAAUUUAUAAACGGGCUGAACAGGCGGUAAAUUCAUUAGCGCAUAAACUCAGGCGAGAGGAUGAAAUUUAUAAACGGUCUGAACAGGCGGAAAAUUCAUUAGCGCAUAAACUCAGGCGGGAGGAUGAAAUUUAUAAACGGGCUGAACAGGCGGUAAAUUCAUUAGCGCAUAAACUCAAGCGGGAGGAUGAAAUUUAUAAACGGGCUGAACAGGCGGUAAAUUCAUUAGCGCAUAAACUCAGGCGGGAGGAUGAAAUUUAUAAACGGGCUGAACAGGUGGAAAAUUCAUUAGCGCAUAAACUCAGGCGGGAGGAUGAAAUUUAUAAACUGGCUGAACAAUCGAUAAAUUCACUUAAGCGAGCUUUGACUAGGAACGAUGAUGACUAUAGGCAAACGGAGCAACUAGCUAAUACUGAAGCUCACAGGGAACAACGACAAAUGACCUUUGAGCAGCAAACUUUAAAUAAAUUAUUUUCAGAAAGUCGAGUUAUUAAAUAUCGUUCUGAGCCGGCAAAUAGAUUAACGGAAAGUUCCAAUCAAAAUGUUAGAAAUCAAUUACGAAAUGAACAAAUGGAUGAUGUGGAAAGAGAAAAUUUCUUAGAACAUGAACGUAGAAGAAACUUUCUCAAAACAUUAGAAAAUUAUGACUCCAUUGUAAAAGAGGGCCCUACUGAGAUAUGUAACAGUUGCGGUGGAUUAUGGUUUCCGAAUCAAGUUAAAUCAUUAGAUAAACUUAAAAUAAUUGAGAAAUUUUCUCAGUUGUUUGCCCAAAAAGUUUUCUUUUUAGCCGACAUAAAGCCUGAGUUAUUAAACGGUAGUUGUGCUAAAUUCUGCUCGAAUUGUCGUCAGUUAAUUUUAAAAGGGCGAAUUCCGCCUAUUUGUUUGUAUAAUAAUCUUCACUUUCCUGACAUUCCUCAAUGUCUUGAAGAUUUAACAUGUUUAGAACAGAGACUUCUAGCUCCACGAAUUCCUUUUAUGCAGAUUAGAACUUUGGGCUAUGACAGGCAAUGUGGUCUACGAGGUGCAGUAGUAAAUGUACCCAUAUCUAUUGAUAGCACUGUAGGAGUUCUUCCCAGAACAUUUGAUCAAAGUUAUGUCAUCCAAGUACAUUUAAGACGCCGUCUUAGGUGCACUCAUGAUUUCAUGACUGAAUCUAUUCGGCCUGGACGAGUUUUAGAAGCAGCUCGCUAUUUAAUUCAACAACCUUUGUAUGUUGAGGAUGGUGUAACUUUGUCAAAUAACUGGUUAGAAAAUUUAACGUCAAAUAGUCUGUCUGUUCCAUUUAUUGUUUCGCCUGAAGAUGAAAGUAUAAUCAAUGCUUUACGUGAUCCCGAAAACCAAAAUCUUGAACCUGAAGCGGAAUUAUUGGAAGUCGAUGAAACGGAUGCUUUCCAUCCUGAUAAUUUAAACCCAGGUGGACAAGAAACUCUUUUAGACAAUGAAUUUGUAGAAAACAUAGUCUUGGCCCCUGGUGAAGGUCGUCGACCUUGUGAUAUGAUAUUCGAUUCCCACUCAGAAGAGCUGUCUUUCCCCAGUAUCUAUUGUGGUAUUCCAAGAAAUCCAUCUGUUCCAUUGACGUAUUCCAAAAUUGCCCGAUCAGAAAUAAGACGAUUCGACAGGCGGUGUGCCACUACAGAAAAAAUUUUUUAUACUUAUAAAAAAUAUGAACUCAAUAACAUUAGAAAUGCAAUUUCCAUUUGUUUAAGAAAGAAAAUGAGUGGAAAUGUACGUCAUACAGCUGGAAAUUUAUUAAACGAGAAUUACGUAAAUGAGCUAAUACAGCAUGACGAUGCAUUUCAUAUUUUGCAAGGGCUAAGAUCUGCCCCAGCACACUGGGAGGCUGAAAAAAAAAAGGUUUUAGGCAUGAUUCGUCAAUUGGGUAUACCAACUUUUUUUAUAACACUUUCAGCUGCCGAAACCAAAUGGGUUGAGCUGUUAGUGAUUUUAAGUAAAGUUGUCGAUAAUGUUGUCGUGACCGAACACGAAGCUGAAAAUUUUGAGUUUAAGCAUAAAUCGCGUCUCAUUCGUGCAGAUCCAGCUACAAUUGAAUUUCAGCAACGUGGCUCGGCUCACGUCCAUGGGCUGUAUUGGCUUAAUGAAGCACCUAAACUCAACCUCGAAGAUCCAGAAAGUAAAAAUAAUGUAGAAAAUUUCAUUGACAAAUAUAUUACAACAGAUAGUGAAAGUGUAUCCGAAAGUGGUCUAAUUAAUUAUCAAAGACAUUCCCAUACUCGGUCGUGUCGCAGGGAAUAUAAGCGUCAAAAAUAUUGCCGUUUUGGAAUACCGCAUCCACCUUUGGAUAAAACUUGUAUUUUAACACCACUAACGGAAAAUGAAAAGAACGAGAUACACUGCACUAAUUAUAAUAGAAUUAGGAACUUCUUGGAAACGGUAGAGUUGAGCGAAAAUAAAGAUGAAAAUUUAUCCUUUGAGCAAUUUCUUGAACAAAUUGAACUCUCUCGAGAUUCGUAUUUGUUAGCUCUUAGAUCCAAUUUAAAGAAAAAUGCGGUAUUCAUGAAAAGGACUAUGUCAGAUAUAUUUAUAAAUACUUUUAAUUCCGAUAUAUUACGUCUACAUAGAGCGAAUAUUGACGUCCAGUAUGUCUUGGAUCCAUAUGCGUGUUGUAGUUACAUAGUUAAUUAUAUUAACAAAUCCAGCCGUGGGAUUUCUAAAAUAAUGAAUGACGCUUUGGAAGAAAUAAAAAAAGGAAAUUUAUCAGUUAAGCAAAAGUUGCAACAUUUAGGAAAUAAAUUCAUUCACGGCUCAGAACUUUCAGCUCAAGAAGCUGUUUAUAAUAUCUUGGGUAUGCAUCUUUCUGAAUGCAGUGAAUCGGUCAUUUUCAUCAAUACCUCACGUCCAAAUGAACGUGUUCGUAUGGUCAAACCACGUAAAUGCUUAGAAGAAAUGGCCCCAGAAUCCAAUGACAUUUUCUGCCAAAAUGUAUUGGAUCGGUAUGUACUGCGGCCAGAUAGCUUAGAAGAACUCUGUUUGGCAGAUUUUAUUGCCCUUUAUAACUUCCAUAAAAAGAAUCGAGGAACUGACAACUCCGAUAACGAACUUGACCAAGACCACGAUAUCGAACCCACUACUGCCGUUAGGUUGCCUUUAAAAGAUGGUAGUGGUUUUAUUAAAAAACGUCAAAAACCUGCAAUUAUUCGAUAUCGCCGUUAUAAUAUGGGAACUGAUCCCGAUAAUUAUUUCCGCGAGCAGGUAAUGCUGUAUCUUCCUUGGAGAAACGAAAAUACAGAUAUUUUGAGUAAAGAUUGUCUGGAGGUCUGUCAACAAUAUGUGGAAAUUAUUACUACUAACCGGCGUAAAUAUAAUUAUUUCGAAUCAGAGUCAGAGUUAGAUGAAGCAUUACGUGACGCAUACGAUCAUCAAAAUUUGGUACCUGAAGAACCUGAUGAAAAUGUUGAUCUUGAUAAUGAAUUUUUACCGUUUGCAGUUCCUGAAAUUGAAAGCGAUACAAACAUUAUUCGUAUAGUUGAACCUGAUGAUAAUGACAAUGGCUCUGGUGUUAUUAAAUUACCACCAGUUAUCUCGGAAAACUUUUUGUAUGAGUUGGUCUGUUCUUUAAAUGUUAAACAGCAAUUAUAUUUCACGCAUGUUUUACACAACAUUAAUUCGAAAACCGUGUUCUAUGAAUUUGUGAGUGGUCAAGCUGGUGUGGGUAAAAGCAGAUUAAUUUCUGCUAUUUAUCAAGCAUUGACAUACAGGUUCAAUUCUGUUCCUGGUAGUGACCCCAAUUCCAUUAAAAUUAUUUUAAGUGCACCAACUGGUCGAGCUGCUUUUGCCAUUGGCGGUUCGACUUUACAUUCUUUGUUUUCACUACCAGUCAAUCAAUCUUCGAUUGAAAUGCGACCCCUCAGCAGCGACACAGCAAAUUCACUUUUUUCUAAAUUGAUUAAUCUUCGUUUAUUAAUAAUUGACGAAAUCUCCAUGGUAGGCACUAAAAUGUUACUUAGUUUAGAUUCCCGUUUAAAGCAAAUUUUCAAAAGUAAUUUACCUUUCGGAGGAAUUUCAGUGUUGGUUUUAGGAGAUUUACGACAAUUGCCUCCUGUUGGCGAUAAAUUUGUCUUUUGUCCGGCUGUCAAUGAUCCUUACUCAAAUAUAAUUGGUGCACAUUUGUGGAAUCACUUUAAGUACUUCGAACUAACCGAAAUAAUGCGUCAAAGAGAUGACAAGGUAUUUGCUAUUGCUUUGAAUAACUUGGGUUCAGGAACUCUCACGGACUUAGAUAUUGACCUGUUCACUAAACGCAUUUGUAAUGCCCAAGAUGUUCCACAAGAUGCUAUCCAUUUGUUUGCCACUAACGCAGAAGUUAAUUCAUAUAAUGACUUUAAAUUGGAUCAGAUCAAUACCGAAACGUGUAUUGUGACUGCCACUGAUAGAAUUAAAGGUUCACUAUCUGAGCAAGCUAAAGCUAAUUUAUUGAAUGCCGUUAAAGAUCUUAAAACCUCUCAAACAGGAGGUUUAGCUUUAUCGGUGAAAUUGAAAAUCAGUGCCAAGUAUAUGAUAUGCAUUAACGUCGAUGUAGCUGAUGGACUAACAAAUGGAGCAUGUUGUCAGUUAGCCCACAUAGAUUAUGGUCUUUUAGGUAAUGGUCAACGAGUACCUAUAAAACUGUGGGUUAAAUUUGCAGAUGAAAGUAUUGGCUCUAUUGCGCGUUCGAAAUGUAUUAACCCAAGAAACAGUAAUUGGGUUCCAAUUGUACAAAAAGUAAACUCAUUUCAAUAUAAAACGAACGAUCAAGUUUCUAUAGAAAGAAGACAGUUCCCUGUAGUACCUGCUGAAGGUAUUACAAUACAUAAGAGUCAAGGUGCUACAUAUUCUAAAGUAGCCGUUCAUUUAAAGAACAGAAUGACUCGAGCAUCUCUUUAUGUAGCAUGUAGUCGAGCCACGUCUGCUAGUGGUUUAUUUUUAAUUGGUCAAUUUAUUCCGCCCAGUCCGUUGUCUGAUUCAGAUCCAGUGGCUAAAGAACUUUCCGAUUUACGCCAAGAUAAG